AGCAACGAUAAUCAACGCUACACCAGGCCAGUGAACGUAGCAGGCUAGAUCUAAAUGUCCAGCUGGCAAGAUUACCAGGUCAUCUAAUGUUAGCUGUAGCUGUUGUAUCCUCGUUUACUGCAUAUCCCUUUGCCCUGUCAUCACACCAUGUCGUACAGGGAUUUAAGAAACUUCACUGAGAUGACUCGGGCGCUUGGCUACCCACGGUUGAUCUCUAUGGAGAAUUUUCGCACUCCCAACUUCCCCCUUGUGGCAGAGAUCCUUAUAUGGCUGGUGAAGAGGUAUGAGCCUCAAAUGGACAUUCCAAGUGACAUAGAUACGGAGUCAGACCGUGUAUUCUUCAUCAAAGCUGUGGCCCAAUUUAUGGCCACACAGGCCCACAUUAAGGUGAACACCAAGAGGCUGUACCAGGCUGAUGGCUAUGCGGUUCGUGAACUCCUCAAGAUGACGUCACUGCUCUACGGUGCCAUGAAGACCAAUCAGAACGCUGCAGGGGAUCAGCAGCACGACGACAGUGCCAAGUUCAAGUUUGACCUUGGGUCAAAGAUUGCAGACUUGAAGGCUGCGCGGCAGCUUGGCUCAGAGAUCACUGCCAAAGGUGCAAGUCUGUACGACCUGCUGGGGAGAGAGGAGGACCUGAGAGAGAACAGGAUGCUGGCAAUUGCCCGGCCACUGGAGAUUAACGACACAGAGAAAGCACUCAGGGCGGCAGUGAAAGAUGUUUUGGAGAAUGUUAGUCAGACAAAGGAGAUGUUGAACAACGUGGCGUCGGACGAGCAAAGUCUGGAUGCCAAAAUCGAGAAGAAGAAGCAGGAGCUGGAGAGAAACCAAAAACGCCUUCAGACACUUCAGAGUGUACGGCCUGCCUUUAUGGACGAGUACGAGAAGAUUGAGGAGGAGCUGCAGAAGCAGUACGAGACGUAUGUGGAGAAGUUCCGCAACCUCAGCUUCCUGGAACAGCAGCUGGAGGACUACCACCGGCUGGAGCAGGAGCGCUUUGAGGAAACGGAAAAUGCCAUCCGCAUGAUGCAGACGAAACUGCGAGAGGAGGAGAGGAGACUAAUGAGGAGUGGAGCAGGCCGUGAAGAGGAGUCUGACAUGGAAAUCCCAGAUGAUGAAGGCUCAGACAGUGAAACAGAUGAGAACAAACCAUCCAAACCUCAGCUCUUACGACAACAACAAGCUCCCCUAGCAGCAAGAGCAGGUACACGUGUCAUUGGGACCAUGCAGGGAGGGGAGAAUGAGGAACCCAGUGGAAAGGAUUCUAUCACUCCGCCUCGGCGUCAGAGGAGGAGGAAAGGGAAGUCGGAGGACAGCGAGAUCGAUGUGGAUGAUGAUGACGACGACGACGAGGAUGACGAUGAAGACGACGAUGACGACGAAGAAGAGGACGAGGAAGGUGACGAGUACGAGGCGGCGGAUCUUGACGUAGAUGUGGGUUUAGAGCCCAAAAGGCCCACCAGGGGAGGAGGCAUGAGACCUCCCAUACAGGAGGAGAGCGACAAUGACUUCUAGUACUCACAGUACAGUCAAUUCACUGUACACAAGUCCAGCCCUACAUUUAUACACACAGUAUAUAACCAGCAUGUUUCAAUCUAUCUUGAGUUCUCUAAUAACAAUGACUUUCAGUACACCCACACACACACACACACACACACACAAAGGGUUAAGGAUGCGGCAGCACUGAAUCCAUAUACAUCCAUUCACUUGCAAAUGCAUUCUUGUUCUUGGCCAAAGAGAGCCAUGUCUUUAAACACAUAUGUGAUGUGAUGAUGAAAAAUCCUUGAGAUUUGCUCCGGUUCAACUCUCCCUGGUGAAAUUUAAGAUUAAACAUAAGAAUCCUUGCAGCAUUCUGGACACUGUCCCCUAGCAAAAUCCUGAAUAUCAUCCUCCCAAAAUCUUGGAUGUUGCUAGGAUGGUAUCAGAAUUAGAAGAUGGUCAAAUUGCACCAUGUAAUGGGUUUUCUCAGAUGGCAUCACAUAUUCUUGACGCACACUCAUUCACUCUCACUCACUCUCACACAUCACAGAGCACGCAUCCAGCCUUCUGCGUCUCUGGAAUGGAGACGUCUCCACCCACCCCUACACUCACAGCACUCUCUCACCCCACCAUCUGCCACCUCAUGAACCUUCAGCAGGUCAGGAUCAACACACACACACUCACACACACACUCACAUACACAGAUGUUGUGCCACUGCAGUCUUUAACGCCACACGCGCACAGCCACGACUUCCACAGUGUGUUUGUGUGUGUGUGUGUGUGUGUGUGAGAUGAUGCAGAAAUGCAGAAAUGCAUCAUGUGAGGUGGUGUCUCUCA